AUGAGGUUGGUCUCCUCUUCGAGCAACCUGCUCUUCCGAUACACUGCCGAGCCCGUGAUUCCCCCAGUCGCCCAACGCUACCUAGGCUCUCCAGUCCAUCCGAUUCGUCCUAAAAUCGCCCACAUGUAUGAAAACCGUGACCCAGAUACGCUAUGGUGGCGGGUAUCGGUAUCGCACCUCAACCAGUUCAAACGGACCAUUCGAUCUUGGAGCGCGCGCAGAGCGCGCAUUGCUUUCCAGGGGGCUUUGAAGCAACAAGGGUUCGAUAAGUUGGGCCACCCGCUUUCUCUACCUCCUUCUACAAAGAAGCAGGCCCUGUUGGGAUCUUUGGACAUUACCAUUCGCCCUGCGUGCGUGUACCAGAGCUUCGAGGUGGUGCAGAAAGAUGCGGAUUGUCUCUUGCGGAAUAUUCUGAAACAGCGAGAAAGGCAUCUUGAACGUGCAAAAAACAAAUCAAAGGCUUCUUGA